AUGACUAAAUCAGACACUUCAUUAGCACAUACCAAACUUUUCAAACCAAUUCAAGUUGGAGAUAACACCAUUAAUCAUAGAGUUGUUCAUGCUCCAACUUCAAGAUCAAGAUCUACUAAAGAUACUUUCGUCCCUACUGAUAUCAUGCUUAAUUAUUAUGAUUCAAGAUCAAAAUAUCCCGGAAGUUUAAUCAUUUUCGAAUCAACUAAUGUUCAUCCCAAAGCAGGAUUGGUUCCUUUUAAAUCAGGUCUUUGGACUGAUAAACAAUGUAAUGGAUUAAAGAAAAUUACCGAUGCUAUUCAUGAAAAUCAAUCAUUUGUAAGUUGUCAAAUCUUUGGUGGUGGUAGAGCUUCUAAUUUAGAAUUAAUGAAUGAAUUGAAAUUACCUUUAAAGGGUCCAUCUGCAAAUUUAUAUCAUCUGAUUGAACAACAAGAAAGAGCUAUUGAACUUAAUAAUGAAUUAGAAAGUUAUACCAUUGAAGAAAUCCAUGAAUUAGAAGAUUUAUUCGUCCAAUCUUCCGUCAAUGCCAUCACUAAAGCUGGGUUUGAUUAUAUUGAAUUACAUAAUUCAACUGGAUUCAUUUUAGAACAAUUCUUUUCUCCCUUAUCCAAUCAAAGAACAGAUCAAUAUGGUGGAUCUAUUGAAAAUAGAUCAAGAUUCGUAUUGGAAAUCAUUGAUAAAUUAAUCGCUCAUCCUCAAGUUGGACCUCAAAGACUUGGAAUUAGAGUUUCAGCUUGGUCAACUCAUUUCGGAAUGGUUUAUCCUGAUGAUUUACCUGUUAGUGAAAAUCCAUCUUUAUUAGGUUGUGUUUAUUUAUUAAAACAAUUGGAAUUAAGAAAAAAUAAAGGUGAAGAAAUCGCUUAUGUAUCCAUUAGUGAAGCUAGAGUAUCAGGUAAUACUGAUGUUGAUCCUGCUGAUAAAAAUAAUGAUCUUUUAUUAGCAGCUUGGUCAGGAAAAUUAAUCAGAUCAGGAGGUUAUGCUACCAAUUAUAAAGGAGAUUAUCAUUUAUUACCAUCGAACAUCCCACAAUUGAAAUUCGAAGGUGAUGAAGUGAUCCAUUAUACUCAUUUAAAACAAGAUGUAAAUGCAGAUGAUCGUACUUUAAUUGGUUUCUCAAGACCAUUCACUUCAAAUCCAGAUUUCAUUAAUCGUUUGAAACAUGGCUAUAAAUUAGACGUUUAUCAAAGAAAAUACUUUUAUACUCAUACCAGAGAUGGAUAUUUAACUUAUGGUCCUUAUAAUUUGGAUAAAUCUGAAGAUGAUCCAAGUUUAUCAAUUGCAUUUGAAGAGAAGGAAUUGGAAGCUGAAGGUGUUCCAUUAGCUUAG